CCUUGUCACAUAAAUACAUAUACAGUGCAAACAUGAACUUGGAAAAUUCGGCGCCAUGCAAGUUUGAUAUUUAUAAAAUAGAAGAGGUCGAACAUGGAGAUAAGGAAGCUUGUGACGAGUCUUGGGGUUGUUUAGGCUCGAGUUCUAAAAGUGUAGAUUGGAGUGAUAACGCUAGAAGCGAUCCCUAUGGCGGAUUCGAAUCGGACAGUAUGUCCAUGAUCCCAGCAAGCGAAAGUAAGUCUUGCAAGUUGCCGGCGGGUUGGGAAGAGCGCAUUGCUGCCAAUACCAAGGAGAGCUAUUUCUAUGACACAAUUAGCCGCAAGGUGUACUUCACACUGCCUCCAAGCGACCACAGAGAAGCUGAGAGGGAUGCCUGGAAUGGAAGUCCUAGAUGCACGCUCCGCUGCAGGCACAUUCUGGUGAAGCACAAUGAAUCGGAUAGGUGUAGUUCAUAUCGUGAGCCGGUGGUAAAUAGAACUAAGCGGGAAGCGCUACAUAAAAUCUUGCAAACGAGGGAUCUUGUCGGAUCUGGCGAAUCUGAGUUUGCUGCACUGGCCAGAACGAUCUCCGACUGCUGCUCUGCUCGGCAUGGCGGCGACUUGGGUCCCUUGAGGCUUACACAAACGUCUUUUGGCUUUGAGGAAAACAUUUUGCUCCUGAAUACGCCCGAACUAUCCGAGAUUUUCCAGACGAAUGCAGGUUAUCACAUCUUGUGGCGCACCCCGGUACAUAACAGGAAAAGGAAUAAGCGCGGCAGUCUUGAACAAUUGAUUAAUUCAACCAAAAAGGAGCCCAAAACCCACUUGAAGAAAAACAAGUAUUUUUCCAUGAGAAAACCAAAGGCCUUCUUAUGCAACUCGAUCGGAGAAAAACAGGGAACACGAGCUUUCGAUAGCAAGUCCAGUUGUCCGAGUGGUUUCUCAUUUAAAACACCGUGCCCGACUUUGGAGUCUCUGGCACCGGAUGACAGCAUCAUAUACGCCAAACAGCAAUGUGAGGUAAGGAAUCAAAUAGUCCACGAUAAGUUGGAUAAAACCAUGCAUCUAGGCAAAUAUCUAAAACUAUUAGCAGAGAAUGCACCGGGAAACGGUCUAAUCAAACUGCAAAACGUAACAAAAGAUUUUUGUAUGAAUAAGGGAAGACUUCGGCCCGAAAACGAAUGCCACAUGGGAAAUUAA